AUGACCACCUCUUUCUCCUCCCUCGACGCCAUCUUCUCCUCCCCCUCCACCCAUCUGCAGAUGGCUCUCGAGACCCUCCCCUGCCAGUACCCCCUGGACACCGUGCAGCACCUCUUAACCGCCCUGGGUCUCCCGACCUCUCUCCUCGGCGAGCGCUCAUCCAUCCUAAAGUUCACCGGCGCGCCGCUCUCCUUUUCCCUCCGGAUCACAGGGCUCUCCGUCCUGUCUCCCAGCACAGCCGCUCAGGACCGCACGUGCGUGCACAUCCACACCGAACGCAGCACGCGGAAAUUCCAGGUCGCGAGCGACAAGGACCUAAAAGCCAUCGCGCGCUACGUCCUGCACUGCAAGGAAGAGAAGGAAGCCGCUACCGGGUACCUGCGGCGGGCGCCCAUGGGCGACUCGGCGCUGCUUGACUUCCUGCGGACUGGUAAGUUCUGCGAGGUACCACGGUUCGCGGAGGCGGAGCGUGCGGUUGGGCGUGGCUGCCUGCUCGACGCGUGCGUUGAGCUGCUGGGUCCCUUUGGCUUGCAGCCGGCGGAGCUGGACCGCGAGGUCGUUGUGUUCGGGCACAAGUACCUGAAGGGCGACGACGGGGUCAAGAUUACGCGGCUGGCCGGAUACGUGUCGUCGCCGGAAGAGAUGGAGACAGACAUAGACUCAGACUCCACGUACGGUUCGCUGUCGAACAGCAUCGACUUCUCCUCCGCGGUCGUCGUCUCGGGCCUGAAGACCGCUGACGCCAACCAGCUCGACGCCGAUUGCGAGCGUCGCCUCCCGCGCGUCCUCCGCAAAGCCGGCGUGUCUUUCGACGAGGAGGCUCCCAGCAAAGGCCUCGUCUACGCGCUCAGCGCCUACUCUGACCUCGUCGCCUUAGCUAAGCGCAUUCUCGCCUACCGGAACAAGCUCCUCGCCAACGAAGAUCCCUUUGAGGAGCAGGGCUGGACGGGCAAGCAGUACCAUGAGCCGAUUCCGCUAAUGUCUCGACAGUAUUUGCGCCGGUUGGCUUGCCAUCGUCGCAAGUCUGCUCUUUGUAACGAGACGUUAGUUGAGACUUUGCUCGAGGACAGGAGGAGAGACGAGGAGGCUAAAAGGGAAGAGGAGCGGACGAAGAGGUUCGAAGGAAGAACAGAGGAGAUGCGGAGGGAGUGGCAGAUGAAGAUGGAGGGCGACCGACGACGAGAGCAGGAGAAGGAACAGGAGCGGAAGGAGCAGGGGAAGAAGAGCUGGGCGGAUAUGGUGGAGGAGGACGAGGGGGAUGACUUUGCUUGA